AUGUUUGGUAAGGGAGAUUUCCUAUUCACACUCGAUUUACAAUCUGCAUAUCACCACAUAGAAAUUUAUCCAGAUCACCAAACCUACCUUGGUUUUGCAUGGAAUUUUGAAGGAAAAUUGAGGUAUUUCGUUUUCAAGGUAUUACCGUUUGGACUGUCCACGGCCGGGUACAUAUUUUCGAAAGUUACUAGGGAGCUCGUGAAGUACUGGCGAGCUGGAGGUCACAGGGUCAUCAUGUAUCUCGAUGACGGAAUUGGGGGUCACAGGAAUAAGACACGUGCAGUAGAUCUUAGUAGGCAGGUACAUAAAGAUUUAGGCAGGUUCGGGUUUUUGAUAGCGGAGAACAAGUGUGAAUGGGAACCAACCCAGGAGGUUACAUGGCUAGGGUUGCGAUGGAAUAUGACAGAGGGUAUGGUGUAUAUUACAGAAAAAAGGUUAGUAAGGUUUGAGACGUCGGUGAAGGCAGUUUUAGAUUUUGUGUCGGUUGGGAGGUUGGGUGUACCAGCUCGAGUCCUAGCAGGGGUAGUAGGUCAGGUAAUUUCUAUGGGCGUUGCCUUUGGGACCGUUGUGCGUUUUAUGACCAGGUAUAUGUAUGCAUGCAUACUGACACGGGCAGGAUGGGAUUCUUUUAUAUUUAUUAACAAGGAAGCACUAGACGAGCUAAGGUUCUGGGCAGGAAAUGUUAGAGUGUUAAACGGGAGGCCAUUCCAUAUCAGAGACAAUACUCAUGACGUAUCAAUUUACAGUGAUGCAUCAGGCACAGGGUACGGUAGAUAUGUGCUACAGGUAAACGACAGUAAGGUCAUAGGUACGUGGUCGGAGGCUGCGAUGACGGAGAACUCUACAUGGCGCGGGCUCGAGGCGGUAGUUCGCAUGUUGAGACAUUAUUACAUGGAUGGCCUGGUAGGGCCACGCCUGGUAGGGCGUAAGGUGUUGUGGUUGACUGACAGCCAGAAUGUAGCUAGUAUAAUACACAAUGGCAGUAGGAAAAAAGAACUACAGGGGAAGGCAAGGCAAAUUCGUGAUAUUUGCAACAAUGUGGGGUGUGAGAUUGUCACUUCCUGGAUACCUAGGGCGGAGAACAAGUUGGCAGAUCUGUAUAGCAAGUCUGGGGACAGUGAUGACUGGGGAAUACACAGGGACGUGUUUCUAGGCUUGGACGAUGCAUGGGGUCCAUUUACGGUGGAUAGGUUUGCUUCGACACAUAAUACAAAAUGCGAUUUGUUUAAUUCGCGUUGGUGGUGUCCCGGUACGGCGGGUGUUGAUGGUUUGUUGCAAGUUUGGGCAGGUCAAAAUAAUUGGUUAGUACCACCCCCGCGGUUGAUACCCAAAGUAGUUAACAAAUUACUAGACGAGCAAGCUCAAGCAGUUCUGGUGGUCCCAUACUGGACGUCAGCGCCGUUCUGGCCAGUUAUCGCCCCUAGUGAGGGUCGAUUUGCCUGUUUCGUCAAAGAUUAUAAGCAGCUACCCCCGGAAAGUGUGAUCCAGGGGAAGGGGCUAGGACUACAGGCACGGGUAGACGAGGCGAUGCGGGCGGUAGGGUCGCUAUCUCAACAUUUAGAACUUCUUUCUUCAAAGAUGGCUGGAUACGUGCUGAGCUCUAAAGCUGACAAUACUGUGUCCAAGUAUUAUGGUGGUUUUCGGAGAUGGAGCCAAUUCAUUACGCGGGAAGGCACGGAUAGACGAGGCGAUGCGGGCGGUAGGGUCGCUAUCUCAACAUUUAGAACUUCUUUCUUCAAAGAUGGCUGGAUACGUGCUGAGCUGUGUCCAAGUAUUAUGGUGGUUUUCGGAGAUGGAGCCAAUUCAUUACGCGGGAAGGGGGUUGCGCGCUUCCGGGGCAACCCAUCCAUGUGGCGUUGUAUUUAA